GCGAAUAUUCUUGCGGCGCCGGAAGUCAAAGACACGUGACCGGGUGACAGCCCUCUCUAGGUUGCAGGGCUCGCUUUAGGUGUUGCGGCACGGGAUGGCGGAGGCGCCUCCUGUCUCAGGUACUUUUAAAUUCAACACGGAUGCUGCUGAGUUUAUUCCUCAGGAGAGAAAAAAUUCUGGUCUAAGUUGUGGGAGUCAAAGGAGACUAGAUUCUAAUAGGAUUGGUAGAAGAAAUUAUAGUUCACCACCUCCCUGUCACCUUUCCAGGCAAGUCCCUUAUGAUGACAUCUCUGCUGUUCAUCAGCAUGGUUAUCCUUUGGGAAGCAAACCUAAAAGUCAACAGAUUUCUUUUCAGUCCUCUACUUCUAACAAAUCACUCAAGAACCCUGGCCUUCAGAACCAACCUUGGCAGAAAUUGAGGAGUGAAAAACAGCAUAUCAAAGUCAAGAAAAUACAGAAUCUCACUGACCAGACCUCAGAUGCAGCUGGCUUAGAAAGUGUGGGUAGGUCAGAGAGUGGGACAAACCCCAGAGAACACAGCCCUUCUGAGAAUGAGAAGGAAAUUGUUGGUGCAGAUCCCAGGGGAGCAAAACCCAAAAAAGCAACCCAAUUUGUGUACAGCUAUGGUAGAGGACCAAAAGUCAAGGGAAAACUCAAAUGUGAGUGGGGUAACAGAAUGACUCCAAAAUCCGAGGAUGCUGGACCUGAAAAUACCAAACCUCUGGGGGUUAUGCACCCUGACUCUUUGGAUACAUCCUUUAAAAAAGGAGUAUUGGAUGGAUAUGCAGCCAGACGCAACGAGCAGAGAAGAUACCCACAGAAAAGGCCUCCCUGGGAAGUGGAAGGGGCCAGGCCACGACCAGGCAGGAAUCCACCAAAACAAGAGGGCCAACGACUUACAAAUGCCGGACCCAGGAACAACAUGGCCCCCAUUCCAAAGGAUAAUCCUAAUGAAAGACCAGCAAAAUCUGCCUGUGACAGUGGGAACUUGGCAGUCGUCAACAAGUCUUCCAGAAGGGUUGACCCAGAAAAAUGUUCUGUAAGGAGGCAGGAUCCUCAAGUAACAUCUUUCCCCCGAGGCAAACAGAACCAUGUGCUAAAGAAUAUGGAAACUCACACAGGUUCUCUAAUUGAACAGCUAACUACAGAAAAAUAUGAGUGCAUGGUGUGCUGUGAAUUGGUUCGUGUCACAGCGCCAGUGUGGAGUUGUCAGAGCUGUUAUCAUGUGUUUCAUUUGAACUGCAUAAAGAAAUGGGCAAGGUCUCCAGCAUCUCAAGCAGAUGGCCAAAGUGGUUGGAGAUGUCCUGCCUGUCAGAAUGUUUCUGCACAUGUUCCUAAUACUUACACUUGUUUCUGUGGCAAGGUGAAGAACCCUGAAUGGAGCAGAAAUGAAAUUCCACAUAGUUGUGGUGAGGUUUGUAGAAAGAAACAGCCUGGCCAGGACUGCCCGCAUUCCUGUAACCUUCUCUGCCAUCCUGGACCUUGCCCACCCUGCCCUGCCUUUAUGACUAAAACAUGCGAAUGUGGACGAACCAGGCACACAGUUCGCUGUGGUCAGGCCGCUUCAGUCCACUGUUCCAAUCCAUGUGAGAAUCUUUUGAAUUGUGGCCAGCACCACUGUGCUGAGCUGUGCCAUGGGGGUCAAUGCCAGCCUUGUCGGAUCAUAUUGAACCAGGUAUGCUACUGUGGCAGCACUUCCCGAGAUGUGUUAUGUGGAACAGAUGUAGGAAAGUCUGAUGGAUUUGGCGACUUUGGCUGUUUAAAGAUAUGUGGCAAGGACUUGAAAUGUGGGAACCAUACAUGUUCUCAAGUGUGCCACCCUCAGCCCUGCCAGCCAUGCCCACGGCUCCCCCAGCUGGUGCGAUGUUGCCCUUGUGGCCAAACUCCUCUCAGUCAAUUGCUAGAACUUGGAAGUAGUGGUCGGAAAACUUGCAUGGAUCCUGUCCCUUCAUGUGGAAAAGUGUGUGGCAAGCCUCUGCCAUGUGGUUCCCUAGAUUUCAUUCAUACCUGCGAAAAACUCUGCCAUGAAGGAGACUGUGGACCAUGCUCUCGUACAUCAGUUAUUUCCUGCCGAUGCUCUUUCAGAACAAAGGAGCUUCCAUGUACCAGUCUCAAAAGUGAAGGUAUGACUGGGAAGGGACAAGAGGAAACAUUCUGGGAUAAAACAGAUGCUACAUUUAUGUGUGAUAAGCGGUGUAACAAGAAACGGUUGUGUGGACGGCAUAAAUGUAAUGAGAUCUGCUGUGUGGAUAAGGAGCACAAGUGUCCUUUGAUUUGUGGGAGGAAACUCCGUUGUGGCCUUCAUAGAUGUGAAGAACCUUGUCAUCGCGGGAACUGCCAGUCAUGCUGGCAAGCCAGUUUUGAUGAACUAACCUGCCACUGUGGUGCAUCAGUGAUCUACCCGCCAGUUCCCUGUGGUACCAGACCCCCUGAGUGUACCCAGACCUGCGCCAGAGUCCAUGAAUGUGACCAUCCAGUGUAUCAUUCUUGUCAUAGUGAAGAGAAGUGUCCCCCUUGUACUUUCCUAACUCAGAAAUGGUGCAUGGGAAAACACGAGUUACGAAGCAACAUCCCCUGUCACCUGGCUGAUAUCUCUUGCGGAUUACCCUGCAGUGCCACGCUACCAUGUGGGAUGCACAAGUGUCAGAGACUCUGUCACAAAGGAGAGUGUCUCGUGGACGAGGCCUGCAAGCAGCCCUGCACCACCCCCAGAGCUGACUGUGGCCACCCGUGUAUGGCGCCCUGCCACCCCAGCUCACCCUGCCCCAUGACUGCUUGUAAAGCCAAGAUAGAGCUGCAGUGUGAAUGUGGACGAAGAAAAGAGAUGAUGAUUUGCUCCGAAGCUUCCAGUACUUAUCAAAGAAUAGCUGCUAUUUCCAUGGCCUCUAAAAUAACAGACAUGCAGCUUGGCGAUUCAGUGGAAAUCAGCAAGUUAAUUACUAAGAAGGAAAUUCACCAAGCCAGGCUGGAGUGUGACGAGGAGUGUUUAGCCUUGGAAAGGAAAAAGCGGUUAGCAGAGGCGUUUCAUAUUAGUGAGGAUUCUGAUCCUUUCAAUGUACGUUCUUCAGGGUCAAAAUUCAGUGACAGUUUGAAAGAGGAUGCCAGGAAGGAUUUAAAGUUUGUCAGUGACAUUGAAAAAGAAAUGGAAGCCCUUGUGGAGGCCGUGAAUAAGGGAAAGAAUAGUAAGAAGAGCCACUGCUUCCCUCCCAUGAACAGAGACCAUCGCCGGAUCAUCCAUGACCUGGCCCAAGUGUAUGGCCUGGAGAGCGUGAGCUAUGACAGUGAACCAAAGCGCAAUGUUGUGGUCACUGCAGUCAGAGGGAAGUCCAUUUGUCCUCCUACCACGCUGACAGGUGUCCUUGAAAGGGAAAUGCAGUCACGGCCUCCACCACCAAUUCCUCACCACAGACAUCAGACCGACAAAAAUCCUGCAAGCAGUAAUUUACAGAAAAUAGCCAAGGAACCAGUAAUUGACUACUUUGAUGUCCAGGACUGAGAAGAUCAAGAUGCACUUAGAUAAAAGAAUGAUUAGGUGUGAUGGAGACUCGUUUGCCAGCAGAUAAAUCAUGCUUGUUCCCAGUUAACUGCCUGGUGGACUCACACACAGUCUCAUAUACUGUCUUGUACUGAUACGUCCAAAGCAUGAGUGUGUCAGAAAUCUCCUUGUCCUCUAUUCUGUGUGUAUAAAGUGUUUCAGUACGGCCAGAUCUCUGACUAGAUGGUCACUGGUGAUUCAGUUUUGUAUUUGCAGAGCCUCCACCAUCACCGUGAUUGCUCAGAGGGCUGGGGGGAACAUUGGGUUUGAUUUGAACAAACCAGAAUUUUAGCCUAAAAGUGGUAUUUAGUCAUAGACUCAGUUGUCCCAAUUCUCCAUACUCUUCUUAAAAAUGCAACAUCAGCUGCGCCUCACUUUUUGGAUUAAUCCAAACUGAUCACAAUCUUCGGAAGAGCACAAGUGAACUUCUUGGUCCAAAAUACCAGAUGCAUCCAGAAUCACACGUGUUGUGUUAAACCCCGCUAUCAUAUCUGAGUCUUUAACCAAAAACUCUCAUAGGUCUGUCUGGCUGAAUUUAUCUUAGGGGUUCUUAAUGCCAUCAAUUCUAGACCUAGGAAAGGAGUCAGGGUGCUUUAUAGAAUUCCUAUUUUCUGGAGCUCAGGAGCGUGGCUCAUACUACAUCACUGGGCCUAUCCUGUGACAGUUUAGCUAGAUAUGCCAUGAUGGUAGAGGACAGAGAGCACGCUCCUUCUGCCUGGUUCACACUGUGGCCUCUGUGUACUGACCAGUUAGCCCUAACUCCUUUUUGGUUGAGAAAGGGUUUCAGGUGGAUUGACCUUUCCUGUGUUGCUUUCUCCCAGGCCAGGAGCAGCUGUACUGGCUCUCCUUGUCUCCGAGCUCUGAACUUCGGUUUAAAUAAUCACAGAAGUGUGUGGACAGUCCAGGACUUUUCCCAGCAGUCCUCUGGAGAUAUUCUUGAGUCUUUGUUAAGGCAGGUGCAUUGACAGUUACAUUAGUUUGGUCAUCUCUGCCUUGGCACCCCUUCGGCUUGGAGGCCAGACUUCCAACAACUUCUUUGUCCAGAGCAAGCCUGAGCCCCAGAGCAACAGAUUUCAGAAGUGACAUUACGAAACUGGCACUUGGUUUUCAUAGGAAGAGCAGGGUCACUCUUUGAUCCUGACCCAGAUAGUCUACCUUGAGAGGCAGCAGGUACGGGAGCAAGAAGAAGCAACUGGAGGGAAGAGAUGGAAAACUAAAAACCACUUCUCUCUGGACUCAUUUAGCACAGGGUCAGUGGCCCUGAAGACAGCAGGAAGCCCAUGAGCAUCUGUUACAUCUUUGAAGCAGUGGUUCAGUGGAUGAACUGCUCUUGGAGAACAUCUCAGAAUUCAGGAGGCAGGAGACUGAUUCUAGUUGCCAGCUCUGCCACAUACAUAGCUUGCCACUUGGUGGAAUGGAGGUAUCACCUGCCUCGUAAGGAUUAAAUGAGUUGUGAUACAUGUAGAUUCCUGAUCUGUCAUGAAUGCUGAAAGUUUAUAUAAAUGAUACUUUGGGGGCACCUAACUGGCUCAGCUGGCAGAGCAUCUGACUCUUAAUCUUGGGGUCAUGAGUUCAAGCCCCAUGUUGGGUGUAGAAUUUAUUUAAAAAAAAAA